AUGGCAAAGUUGAGGGCCUCAUCUAAAGCGUUUGCUGCAUCAUUUUGGUUAUUCGCUGACAGGAAACGCUCCUCAGCAGAGCCUCAAAACGAUUCCCCCUCUUUCCCUAUAAACCAGACGGCGGAGGGUCGGAGCCUCCGCUGGCGUUGUGUUCAGACCCAAAGCAAAAGUGUGGAGCAUCUGAGCUGGAUGGGUUUGUUCAGGGACGACGGGGACCAGCAGCCCUGCCUGAAAGCUCAGAGGCCUCAGCUGAGCGUGGAGGAGGAGCGCCACACUCUGCAGGUGACUGAAGAAGUGAGAGAGCAACUAAAAACUCCCAUCUUUGACAACUGGCAGUGGGAGGAGGCAGAGAUGCUGGUUCUCCUCCAGGUGAUGUACACAGACCUGGACUUCCUGACGGCGUUCCACAUCGAGCAGGAAGUCCUGCAGAACUUCCUGUUUGAGGUGUUCUGUCACUACAACAACAUCCCCUUCCACAACUUCCAGCACUGCUUCUGCGUCACUCAGAUGAUGUACGGGCUGAUCUGGCUCACAGAUGUCAGGAAUAAGUUAUCUAGGAUGGAUCUGCUGAUCAUGUUGACCUCGGCUCUGUGCCACGACCUCGAUCACCCCGGAUACAACAACGUCUACCAGAUCAACGCUCAGACUGACUUGGCUCUUCGUUAUAACGAUAUUUCACCUCUGGAGAAUCACCACUGUGCCGUCGCCUUCGGCAUCCUGUCAAAGCCGAAGUGCAACAUCCUAAAGAACCUGACGAGCGAGCAGUACAAACACAUCCGAGGAGGAAUGAUCAAAUGCAUUCUGGCCACAGACAUGGCGAGACACAACGAGAUCCUCAACAAGUUUAAAACCAUGCAGCCGGUGUUGGACUACAGAAACAACGAUCAUAAAGAAGUGCUGAUGAAGAUCAUGGUGAAGGUGAGCGACAUCUCCAACGAGGCGAGGCCGAUGACGGUGGCCGAGCCGUGGCUGGACUGUCUGCUGCAGGAGUUCUUCAACCAGAGUGACACAGAGAAGCUUAAAGGGCUUCCCGUGACGCCGUUCAUGGACCGAGACAAAGUGUCCAAACCGUCGUCUCAGACCAACUUCAUCCGGUUUGUUCUCCUGCCGCUCCUCACCGAGCUCACCAAGCUGUUCCCCUGUCUGGAGCAGCACAUCCUUGAGCCGGCGCGGCGGGCUCUGGAGUAUUACUCUGACAUGGAGAGAGGAAGGAAGGAAGGAAAGAAGGAAGGGAAGGAAGAAAGAAAG